AUGUCGAAUUGGUUUUCAUGGCCACCAUGGGGACGCCAGUCCCUUGAACCAGGACCAGAUUCUCUUCGCCCUCCUCCUAGAUCCCGAGCUCCUUCUCGUUCUAGACGACCUUCUAGUAGACGGCUAAGCGCCGCCGAGAGGGCAGCGAGAGAGACAGAGGAGAAAAGAGCGAGAGAAGUAGAGGAACAAAGAGUAGCAUCUAUGAGUAUUGCAGCUAGACUCGCGUAUAAGGAGAAAAUCAGGUUCCGAGAGGAGCAAAAAAUUAGAGCUGUGAAAGAAAGAUUCCUAGCUGAGAAAAAGCUGAUUGGACAACAACAUCAAGCGGGCCUCACCGAACCUAAUCGUGCGUGGAAGAGAAAGCACGACGAUGAUGCUGAGGCUCAAGCAGCAGAGAGAAGACAGGCAUUUAUAGACGCUCGAGAAGCAAGAGAGCAGCAAGCGUCACAGCCAGAGUGGCCAGCCAUUCAACGAGAAGCGAAUAAAACUCACGCCGUGAAAUUAUUCGAAAGUAUUUACGUGGAUCUCCAAAACCAUUUCUUACACCCCACUUUGAUUAAUUCGGAGAGGUAUAACCCUUAUAAUGAGAUGUUUCAAUCAUUUCACAAUGCCGCUCACGAAUCAUUACGGCGAUUUGUGAGUUUGGCCAGGAACCCAGAGGAAGGCAUGGGUGGCAUUGGGAUUGAUAGUGCUGCCGUGCUCAUGUUAUCGGAAAGCUUUCGCUCCGCAUUGAAAUAUGGAGAAGAUCGUAAUGGAUUUUUAGCUCAAAAUGGCAAUGCUGAGUUCCCGCUUAUCGGCAGGUGGGAAGAAUUCGAAAUUAAGCUGCGGCUGGAACAUACUAGCAUUAGAGGCUUUGCUAUCGCACGACACAUUCCAUACAUGACGGUUUACCGUCGAGCCGCUCAAGAAAUAUUUGGGGGAUUUAACCAUGUUGCGGAUCAAAAUCUUCGGCUAGAUCCUUCAAUAAGAAACCCAUUUGAAGUGUACCUCGCAUCGGAUGGAAGACUUCUUCCCUGUCUAUUCACACCUCUUCCUGGUCACGUCGAGCCUACACACCAGGAUAUCAUCAUCAAGCAUCCCUUCAAAAACCCGAAAGAAAAUGAAUCCAACAAAGAUAAUGUCGGGCCUGCACAUCAGGGCGUCGUAACACUUCCGUUCCAAAACCUGCGAGAAAAUAUCUACAGCCGAGAAAAUUUCAGAGGCUACGCUCCGCCGUCGAGCUGGCCACCGAGUUGGGAGUACCCGCCUGCGGAUAUUCAGCAUCCGUGUUUAGACUGGGGCAAAGACUAUCCCGUGUGUGUAGCGUGUGGUCAUCGGACGGGACCCUCCGGAGCACCAGAGGAUGCAGAUGCAUCUGGAGAGAAGCAAAUCUGCGAAUGCAAGACCCCCAGUGUCUUUGAUAAAAUAUUGAUUGAGAUCCGAGAAUUUCCAUCCACCACCACUUCGAAACAACUUGAUCGUGGUAUCCGGUCUCUGCAGAAAAUACACAAAGGACACGUCAUUGGCGAAAUCCUAGGCGAAUUCGUGCCGCUCGGAGCAGAGCUUGACUUUCAGUGUCCUCACGACUUCGCCAUCGAUUUCAAUGGUCCGCCUGCCGUCGACAAGUUUGGAAAAGUUCUAGAGAUCGACCCGGAUACUAUCGUGACGAAGCCAAUCGAUACCAAUACCGAUCCGAUCGCCACACUCAUCACGGGGCACAAAGGCAGUUGGACACGAUUGAUUAAUAACGGCUCGAGCCGAACGGCAAAUGUGGAGGCCCGUUCGGAGGUGUGGGCGGGGAAAUUGCGUGUUACGGUUAGAGCGCUGAGGGAUAUUAGGUUUGGGGAGCAGCUGCAGAUUCAUUAUGCGGAUAUUUAUUUAGAGCCGGAUGGUCAGUCGCUGAAUGCGAGGAAAAAGGAGCAUAGGGAGAGGUUGCCGAUGCGUGGUCUUAGUGGUUUCUUUAAGUAA